UUGCAAUAGCAACAAUCUCUGAAGCAGAAAGAAGCAUGCAUUAUGUCCAAGAAGGGGUCUCUUUGGUUUCUUCGUGCACAAAAGAUCCAAGCUUUGUUAUAAAAGACUGCACUGUGUAUUUUUAUGACAGAGAGAUUAAGGAAUUUCAAUCAUUCUGUGCAGACAAGAUCUCUUGUCAGAAUGUCAUCACUUCAGGUGAGAGAGGUAGGAAGCAGUAUAAAGGAUUUAUUGCUAUAGUUCCUAAAUUUAUUGUUUCAAUUCAGAACAUUCAUUCUAAAAGCAUUCAAGAUUUGACAAAGUUUAAGAACUUUUUAUCUCAAUACUAUCCUCCUGAGUUUGAUAACAUUGAGUAUUGCCCUCCAUUGGAUUAUUUUAUUGAAGCUAAACCAUUUGAGCUCAUCAUAGGAGGUGAAAACCUUGCUUAUUGGAAGCCUCCUGCAUGCAGAUAUCUCAAAAUGAGUCUCUCAAAAGGAGUCCAAACUGACGAUGUUGUUACAACUCUCCAAGGCAUGAAGCCUACUUAUUUCCAGCUCUCAGUCUAUAACUUGGAUUCAACUUAUGAUGAUUUAAUCAGACUUCUCGCCUUCAACGUCACUGACUUGGCUUUGUCGGUCAGACUUGAAGACUUGGCCAGCAUCCCAGUUAAAGCCAAAGGCUCAUUGAAGUCUCUGAUCCUAGCUCGCAAAACCAUCUACACACUAGUAAUCAGUUGCAAAGGAAAGAGCCGCAUGGUCAAGAGAAUUGACUCAGACUUCGAGCAAACAAUAGUCAAUCUUUUUGGAGAAGUCCCUGACCUAAGUUUUGACAAGAAUGUAAUCUUCCAUGAAGUUUUUCAUUACUAUUAAAUCUCAACAUCUAA